AUGUAUUUCAACCGAGCAUGUGACAACUGGCUGGCUAGAAACCCGGGACAGACUAUCACAAUUUAUGAAAUACAGGAGCUGAUUAAAACGUCAGUACCAGCGGCUGCUACAAUUGAAAAUAUUCAAUCAGUAUUCGGAGUAUCCGGGACUUCACCAUUGAAUGAAAACAUUCUUCCUGACUCCGAGUUUAGUGGUUCUUAUGUGACAGGUAGGCCGAUGCUCACUUCCCCUGUUGGUGAUAAUUCUUCAGCAUGUGAUGUGAGUACAGUGUCUGUGCCAUCAACUUCCGAUGCAACUAUCGUCGAAGAGGUUCCAAUUCCUGAUCACCAUACAAUAACUGAAACUCACUCUCCGGCACCGCAAUGUUUAUCUGUAAAUACAGACCAGAUUACUACCACAAUACCCUUUCUUGCAAGAUCUUUGAGGACUGAAUGUGAGUCACCUUCUCUUUUUGACGAAACAUUCAAUUCUGUAUUUGAACCGGAACUAAGAGAAAACCUCAAAACACCAGAAAACGUUAAUUCUACAGAAGCAAAUGUGCCCCCAUCUUUACACAAUCUAAACCUUUACUCAAGUUUAUCAGCAACAUUUGAAGAGCUAAGACCCUUUCCAAAAGCGGCGCCACUUUUAGAAAAUAGAAGCCCGGAAAAACUAAAUCUUUUAGAUAUGAGGAACAAAAGAGAAACAUAUAAGAAGAAAAAACAGAUACAAACGACAUAA